CCGGUCCCCCCCCCAGGCCGCACCAUGUACAUCCUCCCCUUCAGCAUGGGUCCCCUGGGCUCCCCCCUGGCCAAGGUGGGGCUCCAGCUCACCGACUCGCCCUACGUCGCCGCCUCCAUGCGCAUCAUGACGCGCGUCGGGCCCCAAACCUUCCCCGCCCUCGCCCGCGACGACUUCGUUCGCUGCCUCCACUCCGUCGGCCGGCCCCUCCCUCUCCGCGAGCCCCUCGUUAGCCAGUGGCCCUGCGACCCCCCCCGCACGCUGGUGGCUCACCUCCCCGACCAGCGGCGCAUCGUUUCCUUCGGCAGCGGGUACGGAGGGAAUUCCCUCCUGGGAAAAAAGUGUUUCGCCCUUCGCAUCGCUUCCCGCCUGGCUCGCGACGAGGGCUGGCUGGCCGAGCACAUGCUGAUCCUGGGGGUGACGGACCCGGCGGGCAGGAAACGCUACGUGGCGGCCGCCUUCCCCAGCGCCUGCGGGAAGACCAACCUGGCCAUGAUGACCCCGGCCCUCCCCGGUUGGCGCGUCCACUGCGUCGGCGACGACAUCGCCUGGAUGAAGUUCGACGCCGAAGGCCGCCUCCGCGCCAUCAACCCCGAGAGCGGUUUUUUCGGCGUCGCCCCCGGCACGUCCGUGCGCACCAACCCCAACGCCAUGCUCACCAUCCGGAGCAACACCAUCUUCACCAACGUCGGCCAAACCAGCGACGGCGGCGUCUACUGGGAGGGCAUCGACCAACCGUUGAACCCCGGCACCACCCUCACCUCCUGGUUGGGCCAACCGUGGACACCCGGUGACCCUCAACCUUGCGCCCAUCCCAACUCUCGGUUCUGCGCCCCGGCCAAUCAGUGUCCCAUCAUGGACCCGGCUUGGGAAGACCCCGAGGGCGUCCCCAUCGACGCCAUCAUUUUUGGGGGGCGGAGACCCGAAGGCGUGCCCUUGGUCUACGAGGCCUUCAACUGGCGCCACGGCGUCUUCGUGGGAAGCGCCAUGAGGAGCGAGGCCACCGCCGCCGCCGAGCACACCGGCCGCCGCCUGAUGCACGACCCCUUCGCCAUGAGACCUUUCUUCGGUUACAACGCCGGGCAGUACCUCGCUCACUGGUUGGCCGUCGGCGAACGACAAGGAGCCCGCCUCCCGCGCAUCUUCCACGUCAAUUGGUUCCUCAGGGACGGCGCCGGCCGGUUCGUUUGGCCGGGUUUCGGUCACAACGCCCGCGUCCUGGCUUGGAUCUGUAGCCGGGUGGCGGGAGAAGACAACGCCAAAACGACGCCGGUGGGGUUGGUACCUCGAGAAGACGCUUUGGAUCUCGGCGGUCUUCCCGGCGUUUCCUACGCCGAUCUCUUCCCCGUCUCCCGAGCUUUUUGGGAGAAGGAGGCGCGAGAGUUGCGGCGGUACUACGAGGAGAAUUUCGGCGAAGACCUGCCCAAGGAGGUGAUGGGAGAGUUGCGCGCCCUGGAGGAACGGGUCAAGAAGAUGUGAGGGACGGGCGCCGGCGAGCGACCGCGGGGGGGUGGUGGCCGUCAUCGUUGGUUGACCGUCAUGAGUUGGUGGCCAUCAUCGUUGGUUGACCGUCAUGAGUUGGUGGCCAUCAUCAUUGGUUGACCGUCACGAGUUGGUGGCCGCCAUCGUUGGUUGACCGUCAUGAGUUGGUGGCCAUCAUCGUUGGUUGACUGU